UUGUCGUCCCGCCCCAGCCCUUUUCGUGGCCCACCCUACAGCAGCCCCGCCGCAGCUGUUGACUGGAUCUGAUGAUCGACCAGGACUAUGCGGAGCUUUUGGGGCGCUCCCCCCCUUCCGGAGAGGUGUUGGAGUGGACCUUCCCCGCUCGCGCGCUGGCGGAUGCGUUCGUCUUGCUGCUGGUCGGUACCCCUGCUCUCUGUUGCACGCUCUACAUGACAGGCUUCUCCCGGGAGGAGAGCUUUCACGGCGGGGGUGCCGAGUUGCGGAUUCCGACCCUCACGCAGCUUGGCAUGCGGAACAACCCCGUCGGGUUCACCUUUAGAGCCGGCAUUCAGCUGGCCGCCGUCGUCGCUGUCCCUCUCUUUUGGUGCGUCAAAUUGGCCCAUCACCAGCGACUACAAGCCCGCACGGGUGUCGCGCGUUACGACAUCGAGGCCGAGGGAGCCAUAAGGUGGGUAUCGGGGGCCUGGAUCACGGGCGCGCUGGGGGCCAUGCUCAUGUACGCCGCGGCCAGCGUGCCGGGGGAAGAGGGGGCGUCGUUCUCGCCGCAGGGCGUGACUCACCUGGUGCUCACCACUUCGGCGGCGUGCGGGAUUUUGGGGCAGGCGGUGUGCACGGCUUGGGCGCUUCGGAAGGCCAGGCUGGUGUUCGUCGUGUCCGACGGUGACCUGGUGGCCUACAAGCGUAAGUUGUGGCUGGCGUCAACGGCGGCGAUUGUGGCGGCGGUGGCCGUACUUUCGGUGCUGAUCGUCGAGUGCGUCGAGGGCGGCACCUGGAACAUGGGUUGGAGUAUACGCGGCGGUGCCGGCGCGUUCGUUGGCGGGGGCGGUAGUAGUAGUGGUGUUGGCGGUUUCGACGACGAAACGGCGGCGGUUGGGGAUCAAGACCGGUGGGAGGACAACGUGAGCAGUAGUCGCGACUGCGACACAGAGUGGUGUUACUCCCGAAGCCUGCUGGGGUUGUGGGAGUACCUGCUGCUAGCGGUAGAGGCCGGGUUUUGCAUGGCUCUGAGGCACGACCUGGCUCCGGCUACGGGCGGCGUCGGGGUGGAGAGCUUCGUGCUGUAAAACACGCUCCGCGCUUUUGUUCAGGCAGAUGUCGCUGUUCUUGCUCCGUGGGUUGCGACAGAGCCGUUCGCGCCCGUUUUCUUCGUUCAGAGCCAUGCCCCCGGGUUUCACACAGGCGGCGUUUCAAGUAUAGACGAGUAUUCUCCGAGUGUCAUGCAUGGACCUGCACCUUGCUGUCGUGACCUCUAGGCGAUAAGUUAGAUUUUAAUCGAGUCAAGACCUUUGAAUGAAGCCGGUGAUUGUCUCGAGGGUCAGGUGGUGAGGGAUGGACCGGCAGGGUCUUUUUGGGAAAAUUGCCGCUGGUGUUCGUUGUUGCUGUUGCUGUUGAGAAGAUUCGGGGUUCGAGGCUGUUCUCUGGGGCCGUGUG